UGUUUAAAUGCUACGUGUCGCGUCUGUUGUUCAUGUUGAGAAUCUUGCAAAUCGUCUCGUGCCGCACGUCGUACGGGAGUCGUGGGUCGGACAGACGGAUGAGUAUUGGCUGUAGGACUGACGUGUCCUGGUUGAUGAACGGGGUCCCAUGGAUUUGAAGAAACAGCACAAAAACAACCAUGUGCGUUUGCAUUCCCUGCCUCCAGAUGGCACCUUAGUCCCAGCUCUCCUGCCAUGAUGUAAACCCCCCCCGGUGGCCACCUGGCGGGAUGACAGCUGUGUACCCAGCCGCCUGGCGUGCUGGCGAGGCCUCGGUUACGGCCCCGGGCGCUCAGCGCUACGCCCGCUGGGCUCGGCAGGAUAGUUCAGACGUCUGUACGGACGAUGAGGUCAUGCAGGGUCGUAAGGUCACCCCGCUGGAGAAGCUCAAUCUGGACAUGUGUCAGGACGAGAGCGUGGUGCGUGAGCUGGCCGUGGGACGACGCAUCGGCCUCUACAAGGUGCGCGGCGAGAUCGGCUGUGGAAACUUCUCCCAGGUGAAGCUGGGCAUCCACGCCCUGACGAGAGACAAAGUGGCCAUUAAAAUCCUGGACAAGACCAAGCUGGACCAGAAAACCCAGAAGCUGCUGUCCCGCGAGAUCUCCAGUAUGGAGAAGCUCCACCACCCCAACAUCAUCCGCCUGUACGAGGUGGUGGAGACGCUGACCCGCCUCCACCUAGUCAUGGAAUACGCGAGCGGAGGCGAGCUGUACACCAAGAUCACCACGGAAGGGAAACUGUCCGACAUCGACAGCAAGAUUGUCUUCUCUCAGGUCCUCUCAGCCGUCAAGCACAUGCACGACAACCAGGUCAUCCACCGGGAUCUGAAGGCGGAGAACGUCUUUUACUCCUGUAGCACGUGUGUGAAGGUGGGGGACUUUGGCUUCAGCACACACAGCCCUCGAGAACAGACGCUCAGCACGUUCUGUGGCUCACCUCCGUACGCCGCCCCCGAGCUGUUCCGCGACCAGCACUACGUGGGCGUGUACGUGGACGUGUGGGCGCUGGGCGUUCUGCUGUUCUUCAUGGUGACGGGUACGAUGCCCUUCCGUGCUGACACUGUCGCUAAGCUGAAGCGCUGCAUCCUGGAGGGCACGUACACGGUGCCCGCCUGGGUGCCCGAGCCGUGGCGCGUGAUCCGGGGCAUCCUGCGGCCCCAGCCGGCCGAGCGCUGUGGCCUGGAGGAGGUGAUGCGCUGCGAUUGGCUGCUCUCCGUCGACUUCCCCCACGCCACAGAGCCCUUCCGCCUGGAUCCACUGCACCUCGCCGAGGUGGCGCCUUCUGAGCUGGAGGAAGAGGAGGGCGAGGUGAAGGACGCGCUGGAGAAGCUGGGCAUCACAACGGAGCACAUCCGCAACAACCAGGGCAGAGAUUGCAGGAGCGCCAUCACGGGCAUCUACCGCAUUCUCCUUCACCGGGCGCACAAGCGGCGCGCCGUGGAGAGCAUGCCCGUUGUCACGCAUGUCGUAAAUGCCACGGAGGUGAAAAAGGAACCGCUAAGGGCCUACAGGAGACUGAAGCACACAUCCAAACUCUGCGUCGUUCUGUGACGCGUAAAACGCAUUUUAAAAUGAAAACAUCAGCCUGUGUGAGGAUGAAAGAAGGGACGUGUGUGUGUGUGUGUGUGUGUGUGUGUGUGUGUGUGUGUGUGUGGUGUGGUGUGUGUGUGUGUGUGUGUGUGUGUGUGUGUGUGUGUGUGUGUGUGUGUGUGAGAAGGCCUUCCGUUGCCUCUUAGAUACAGUCAGGAACUUUGCACUUAUGUACGUUCAGGUCAUGUAUGUUCAUAACAUAGUUUACGCUGCAUAGUCGAAAUAUUUAUUUUUAAAGAAUAACUGAUUCUAUAGAUUGCGUCUCUGCUGUGGUUGACACUUUAUUGACACGGUCAGCAGCACUAAGACGUGUGGGGAAAUGUGGAAUUGCCUCUAAUGAACGUAAAAUUGCACUUCAGCAAAAAAAUGUUUAUCUUCAUUGUUGAAUUAGCAUGUCUACAGGAUGUCAGACAUCCAGUAUUUUAAUUACUUUAUUAGCCUCAUAUGUUUAUGUACAAGAAACAAGUCACACUACAUACAAUCAGUAGCUACUUUUUCGUAUUUUAUUAAAUUGCAUUCUGCUAGUUUACAGAAUUUUUCCGAGUUUAAGCCUGGGAGAUAGCCUACGUAAAUGCCAAUUUUGGACUGUACCAUAAAAAUUUAAGUUAAAUAAAAUAAAGUAGAAUUAAAAAAAAAAAAGUCUA